CCACAGAAGAAGGCAAUCACAUGCCCAGAUAUAGUUUCAAAACUGGCACUGUAGCUGUCCCCUAACCAGCUACUAAGGGCUGUGGGGAAAAUAACAAUGAGAAGCAAAGAGAAAAUAAUACAUAAUUUGGAUCCACUUACAGAGACUUAUGGGAUACCUUUUUACCUACAGUAUCUGGCUCACUGGCCAGAGUAUUUUAUUGUAGCAGAAGCACCAGGUGGAGAGCUAAUGGGUUACAUAAUGGGUAAAGCUGAAGGCUCCGUGGCCAGGGAGGAGUGGCAUGGGCAUGUCACUGCUCUCUCUGUUGCGCCCGAGUUCCGCCGGCUGGGUUUGGCCGCUAAGUUGAUGGAGUUACUGGAGGAAAUUUCAGAAAGAAAGGGUGGGUUUUUUGUGGAUCUCUUUGUAAGAGUGUCGAAUCAGGUUGCAGUAAAUAUGUACAAGCAACUGGGCUACAGUGUCUACAGGACAGUACUAGAGUACUACUCAGCUAGCAAUGGGGAGCCUGACGAAGAUGCCUAUGAUAUGAGGAAAGCGCUUUCCAGAGAUUCAGAGAAGAAAUCAAUUAUACCAUUACCUCAUCCUGUGAGACCUGAAGACAUUGAAUAACUCUAAGCUGUGGUUCUCAGGCAAUUUACCAAAAAUAAUGUUCAUGGACAAUUUAAAAUUUAGAGCGCAAAGAGCAUCAAAUGUUUUUUUUUUUUUUUUUUUUUAAGGUAACAGAAAAGAUCUUGGAUAGAUGAGGAAGAAGGCACAGUCUUAAAAAAAGGAGUUUAGGCUCAGUGUUUUACUUUUCAUAAAGCCCCAAAAGCAACAGUAGGAAGUGUACAGUUAAUUGUUUAUAUUUUGAUUUCCUGUUGUUGUUUAUAAAAAAGCAGACAAGUUUAAACAUUCCACCGUCAUGUUUUAUACCACAUAUUAAAACUCAGUGAUGGAAAACAUCACUACUUCCUCCUACUGGGCCUGAGAAUCACAGCUGCAAAUGUUCUUUUUUGUUCUAACAGUUGAAGCUCUAAGGGUAGAUAUGAAAAAGAUGAAGUGCAUAAUAAAAUACAAAUUCAGUGCGAUACUGGUUUGUGUAAAGUUGA